AUGUCCAUGCAUAUAGCAAAUGUUGACCGCAAGCGUGCUUGGGCUCAAGCCUUGAUAUCGAACUUCCAUCCAUUUAAAGCCAUGCUGUUGCAGGACAUGGCAAUGGGCAUGGUGUUGCUGCAAAGCGGCUUGCACUUGGAAACUCCUCCGGUGAUUCGGCCCGAGCAAAUUGCAGAUGCACAGUACUGGGCCUAUGGUGAGGGAAGCUAUGUCGACGUCAUUCCGAGCUGCAACGCCGCCCGUGCUACCGGGAACAUGUCCUGGUUCAGCCAAACCUGGACUGGGUCCUUCGUUGCUUUGGAGGGCGGCCCCGCCUACAGCGACCCCGCGAUCAAGACACUCGACGGCGUCGUCGCGUUCGACGCAGAGUACUGCGCGCUGAGCGGGUUUCUCGAUCUGCCGAACAAGGAGCAGCUACUGAACAGCUACUCAGCGGUGAUCGCCGUUGAAGAGGCUGCGUGCGGGAGAGAGCCGCUGAAAACCCUCAAGCUCCACGGCCUAGACGGCGACAUCAUCGGGGAUGUGACUAAGGAUUUUCACAUGCAGAAGAAGAAGCCUCCUUCACAGCGGGAAGCUCCUAUUCAGAGGGAGGGCAUAUUGGACCGGCUCAACGCCCGCUUCUGCGCAGGCGGCUCCUACAGUUGCAUGGUGCACUUCUGCUUGUACAACUAUUGUAGGCAGGGAGAUCGCAUUGCUCAAGGCAACCAGUGCCGAAGCGAUUUCCAAAUCAUGCCCAGAGGCGCCCAACCUCCGCUGAAUUGA